CGCAACCUAUUUUGGCAGUGGAUGUUCAUUGUUGCUGGUUGAGCGGAGAGACAUGAAUCGGAGUAUGCGGAUUAUCUCUUCUUUGCACUCCAUUGCACGGUCUGAGAGAGAGCAAGAAUUCAAGAAUCAUUCGCACCAAAGAAGAGAGAUAGAUGGCCGGCGAGCACGCGCUCCUGUCGGCAGAGAUCGUGAACCGCGGAAUCGAGUCCUCCGGCCCCGACGCCGGUUCACCCACCUUCUCGGUCCGUGUGCGGCGGAGGCUGCCGGACUUCCUUCAGUCGGUGAACCUGAAUUACGUUAAGCUGGGCUACCGCAACCUUGUCGGCCAUGCCGUGUACUGGGCUACCGUACCUCUGCUCGCCGUGGUGGGAAGUCUGAGCAGAGAGGCGCUGUGGAGGAAGGCGUGGGAGGAGACGAGCUACGAUCUCGCCACCCAGCUAGCUUUCCUUGUUGCGCUCGCGUUCACCGUCGCCGUCUACUUCAUGUGGAAGCCGAGGCCCAUCUACCUCCUCGACUUCGCCUGCUACCGCCCCUCCGACGAUCUGAAGGUGUCCAACGAGGAGUUCAUAGAGCUGGCGAGGAAGUCCGGCAAGUUCAACGAGGAGAGCCUAGCGUUCCAAUCCCGGAUCUUGAAGUCCUCCGGCAUCGGCGAUGAGACCUAUGUCCCCAAGUCCAUAUUCUCUCCAGGCAACUGCGCCACCAUGACAGAAGGCCGCGCCGAGGCCUCCACGGCCAUGAUCAGCGCCCUCGACGAGCUCUUCGACAAGUGCCGCGUCCGGCCGAAGGACAUCGGCAUCCUCGUCGUUAACUGCAGCCUCUUCAACCCCACGCCGUCACUCUCGGCCAUGAUCUUGAACCACUACAAGAUGAGGAGCAACAUACUGAGCUACAACCUCGGCGGGAUGGGGUGCAGUGCCGGCGUGAUCGCGCUCGACUUGGCCCGCGACAUGCUGCGGGCCAAUCCCAGCAGCUACGCCGUCGUGGUCAGCACCGAGGCAGUGUCCUUCACCUGGUACACCGGCCGCAAUCGGUCGAUGCUCAUACCGAACUGCUUCUUCCGCAUGGGGUGCUCCGCGGUCCUGCUCUCCAACCGCAGGCGAGACUUCCGCCGGGCCAAGUACCGGCUCGAGCACAUCGUGAGGACCCACAAGGGCGGCGACGGCCGGAGCUUCAGGUGCGUGUAUCAAGAGGAGGACGAGGAAAGAAAGAAGUGCCUCUGCAUCAGCCGUGACCUCAUGGAGGUGGGAGGCCAUGCACUCAAGGCCCACAUCACCACCUUCGCCCCCCGCGUCAUCCCUUUCUCCGAGCAACUCCUCUUCGUCGCCACCCUUUUCUAUCGUCACCUCCUCCCCAAGAAGACCGCCGACUCCGCUGGCACCAAGCCUUACAUCGCCGAGUACAAGCUCGCCUUCGAGCACUUGUGCGUCCACGCCGGGAGCAAGGCGGUGCUGGACGCGCUUCAGAAGAAUCUGCGGCUCGAAGACCGCCACAUGGAGGCCUCCCUUGCGACCCUCCACCGCUUCGGCAACACGUCGAGCAGCAGCAUCUGGUAUGAGCUUGCGUACCUGGAAGCCAAAGGCCGAGUGCGUGGUGGCGACCGGGUGUGGCAGAUCGCGUUCGGUUCCGGGUUCAAGUGCAACAGCGCGGUGUGGAAGGCGACACGGCGAGUCCGGAGGCCGAACAGGAGCCCCUGGCUCGACUGCGUCGACCGGUAUCCGGAAGGCGGCUAGGGUUUCAAAGCUAACGUAUGGGAUAUGCAUGCAUGGUGGCUUCUGUUUGCUUUCACGGUGGUCGACACUUGCUCCAAGCUCUGUUGUUCGGUUUACCGUAUGUGGCUUAUGUUUGCUCCUUUUUAUCUGCAGGUAUGUCAAUUCUUUUAGAUAUUAGAAUUAUAUAAAAAUAAUAAUAAUAUUCAGAUUAA